GAAUAGCUAGCUUUUCACUUUGUGCGACUGCUAUGACGCUUCAGGAGGGCGGUCACAUGUUCUAGCAAGGCAGAGGUCCUGGGUGUGAGCCAAAUUAGGAGGAAGUAGUACUCGCUAAGCAAGCAUUGUGAUGUCGCUAACAGAUGGUGCCAUGACUCAGAUUUACAGUUGCACUCAGUCGCUCUGGGGUCACUGUGGAGUAAGUUUGAGGGGUGAAUGUAGCACAUGGGGAUGUGAAACUCACUCCUCAGCCUGAAGUAUCUCCACUUGCGCCGCCGAAUAGCUAGCUUUUCACGUGGAUCGACUGGUAAGACCCCAGUAGGGUGGUCUCGUGUGCUAGCAAGGCAAAGUUCCUGGGUUCAGAGUUUGGUUUGAGCCGAAUUCGGUGUGAGCUGAAUCCGGUGGAAGCAAUACUCACUAAGCAAGCAGCGUGAUGUCCGUUACACACGCACAAUGUAAGCUAAAUACAUGCACGUGAUGCAUGUGUACUAGCCACGCUCAUUCAGGUGUAUACAUGGUUUUGCGUCUGUUGGGUGAUAUAAAUCAUAAUGGCAGUAAAAGUAUGUUUGAUAAAACUCUCCUGUUUCUUUGGUUUAAAUUUCCAAUGGCAUAAGGACCAAACAGGUGGACAACUGGCAAAGUUUAAAGGACAGUUUCUGGCUAUACAAAGCAAAUGACAAAAAUGUCUAAGGUUGUUUGAAAAUAAAAGAUAGCCGCACACUCUAGGAGCUCAGAUGCAAAAAUGUCAUUACCAACGUUUCGACAGCCAAGCUGUCUUCAUCAGGGUAUUGCUAAGUUUGUAACAUUGGCUAAAUAACAGCUAUAUGCACUGAAAUAAGUUUCCUUCCUUGUUCAGACAUCUGCCUGAAGAUGACAGACAGCCACAACAUUCACAGCCAGUUGGAGCAUCUUCAAUCUAAAUACAUUGGAACAGGCUUUGCGGACACCAGGAAGUGGGAGUGUUUGGUGAACCAACAUCAGGACUCAUACUUUUCAUAUAUGGGUCACUUUGACCUGUUGAAUUACUUCUCUGUUGCUGAGAACAAGAGCAAAGCCCGAGUGCGCUUCAAUCUCAUCCUGUGUCCCACCUUCGGACAAACCUGACAAUUCCUAGGCUAAGGACUUAAACUGAGAAUAUGUAGAACUUUGUGUUUUUACUGUUCGGCUGUCCAAAUGUAUCCAUUGUUGAUAAGAAGCUUGAGGCUCGAGAUACAUGACACGGAAGGAAUGUUUAUGAACAAUGUAUAAGUUUCCCAUCAGUGUGAUGUUUGCAUAGAAAAUAAACA